AACAAUGAAAGUUUCAUGGCAGAGUCAGGUUGUCACAUGAUGUUUUCACAUGACCUCACGCAUCGGAAGUUCAGUGCUGCUCGCGAGUGAAUGCUUGUAAACAUGCGGUAACCGGAGAAGAACCCGUCAAUUAACUACAGAGGAGCAAAAAAAGCCUGCCAAACACAUUCAGGUCCCAUUGUGCUGUGAACCGAACUGGGAUUUUAAUGCCGACAGCCUCUGCACGUGAUUUUAAAUCGCUGACAUGGCCGCAGUGGACGCGAAUAAAGCCAACAUUUCCUCCGAAGACGAUAGGUUACUGUUUCCGGUGACUUGCUAUGGUUCGAAUGACUGCAUGGAUGAGUAUAGUAACCCCAGCCCGACCCCUCCAACAGAUGGCUGGAUAGGUGCUGACCAUGAAGAGGAAGCACUGCGCAGGAAGUUAAAGUAUUUCUUCAUGAGUCCCUGUGAAAAGUACCAAGCCAAAGGCAGAAAACCUUUCAAACUGGGUCUGCAAAUACUGAAGGUUCUUAUAGUAACUAUACAGCUGGUACUUUUUGGCUUGAGCAACGAGAUGGUGGUGACGUUUAAAGAGGAAAACACAGCCUCGUUCAAACACCUCUUUCUCAAAGACUACGCUGAUUCAGAUGACGCACUUGCUGUUUACACACAGAGUGAUGUUUAUGAUCACAUGUUUUACGCAAUUGAACAGUACCUGGCUUUGCCGGAGAUGACAGUGGGCCGCUAUGCAUAUGUGUACAAUGUCGGUGUGAACGGGAGUGCGCUUUCUCUGUGUCAGCAGUAUUAUAAAAAAGGCAGGAUCGACCCAGCUAACGACACCUUCAUCAUCGAUCCGCAUGUGGUCACAGACUGUGUUGGCGUGAAUCCUUUGUCCACUCCCACAGUAGGUCUGGGCCGUGAUUACAGGAACUUCACCCUAAAGUUUCACAAGCUCAUUAAUGUCACCAUACAGUUCCAGCUGAAAGCUAUAAAUCUUCAGACCAUCAUCCACAAUGAAAUUCCCGACUGUUACACUUUCUUCAUCACAAUUCUGCUGGAUAACAAAGCCCACAGUGGUAAAGUUAAGAUCAGUCUGGAUAAUCAGGCCUCCAUAAAGGAAUGUAAAGACCCAAGUGUGUCUGGUCACGCUGUCUCUCUGUCUCUAGCUGAUAGUUAUGCUCGAGUGUGGUUUGAUGUGACGGUUGGAGUGGUGUGUAUUUUCUCUCUGCUCCUCUGUGGUCGCUCUAUCAUCAGAGGAAUCAUUCUUCAAAAUGAGUUUGUAAAGUACUUUAAGACCUCUCUGAAGCGUGAUGUCUGUUGGGGAGACAGAAUGGAGUUCAUUAACGGAUGGUAUAUUCUGCUCAUCAUUAGCGACGUGCUCACUAUCACAGGCUCCAUAAUUAAGAUCGGCAUUGAGCUAAAGAACCUCUCGUCGUACGAUGAGUGUGGGAUCCUUUUGGGCACCUCGACGUUAUUGGUUUGGGUUGGAGUUAUUCGCUACCUCACCUUCUUUCAGAAGUACAAUAUUCUCAUUGUCACAUUACGAGCUGCAUUCCCUAAUGUGAUCCGGUUCUGUUGCUGUGUGGCGGUGAUAUACCUCGGUUAUUGCUUCUGUGGGUGGAUUGUGCUAGGACCAUAUCAUGUUAAGUUCCGCUCUCUCUCGCUCGUGUCAGAGUGUCUUUUCUCUCUGAUCAAUGGAGAUGAUAUGUUUGUGACCUUUAGUGGCAUGCAAGAGAGCAGCAUGCUGGUCUGGGUCUUCAGUCAGGUUUACCUUUACACGUUCAUCUCUCUGUUCAUUUACAUGGUGCUCUCUCUCUUUAUCGCUCUCAUCACGGGAGCUUACGAGACCAUCAAGCAUCAGACUCAGGAGCCGGUCCAUAUCACUGACCUGCACGCGUUCAUCGCCGAGUGCACUGACACGCCCUGCUCUGGAAAGUUCCGCGGGAUCGAGACCUCGCCCUGCUCUUUCUUCUGCUGCUGUGACAGAACCACCACGUAUGAAGACGUCCUCCUUGUCAACUAGUGAAGUCCUGAGGCUUGAGGCCUGACUGCAUCUCCCUCUGCUGGUCACACUGCGGUAGUGCAACAAGACAGAAGCCAGUGGAAAGCUCCAGACAAAAAGUCGCAGCCGCUUCACUUUGGACCUGAAGUAGAGAAGAGCAUAUAUGAUUUUUACUGAAGAAUCGCUUCAAUCUGAGAAAAUUACAGUUUUACCUCAACUUGUAUUUAGUUUUAACUUAAUUCUGGAGGUUGCCAAACGCAGCCCAGUGCCCUCUCUUAGUCUGUACUGAUUAAAACGCUUAGAAGGUUUGACUUGAAAGACAGAUAACAAACUGCACACGUGAAGCCGAUAUGUACAGUAAUCAUUCCCUGAAUGUUGAUCCCACAUGUUCGUUCAGUGCACGUGCUGUGGUGUGCAAGUGGGUCAUCAGUCGCCAAUACUGAGAGACAUAGUGGCGUGUGACGGUGGUCAAUGACUCAUAACUAUUGAGUGAUUCAUAUCAGUGAGUUACAAACAUCUAGUCACGUGUAAUGUCUGCAACAGAAAAUGUUUCUAAAGGAGACUGAACUGGCAGACCUAUGUGUUUAGCAGCAAAAGAUGAGGAGACCAUGUGUUUAAACACAAUCAAGCUUUGGUAAAGUUGGCUCUUAUUCAGCACUUAGAGCAGAAACAGCACUCCCCGGUGUCUUAAAGUCACCUACACUUACCCAUAACAAAAAUACCCGCUCUGCUAGUAUGAAUUCAUACUCAGAAUGCCUCAAAAACUUGGCCUUAACACUCUCCUGAUGUGUAUAGAUGGCUAUAAUACCUCAUUGUUGGAUGUGAUGUUGAAUAGGAUGAUUCAGUAGUUUUUUUUUUUUUUUGAGCUUUUGAUACACAAGUUCACCACCUCUAUAAUUUUUCAAAAUACUGAUUCAUUGUUUUAUAUGCAGACUCAAUCAAAUCACAAAUGAAAUCAUAGCUCCACCCUUGCUGAUCUAGUAUUUUUUAGAGAAAUACAGACUCACAGCUCCUCUCCAUCAGCUUUGUUUUAAAUACCAGAUCCUUCAAGUACGUUAUUAUUAUAAGAUAGCUGGCCAGGGCACAGAGUUCUGUUACCAUGGUGACAGAUUAGAACAAUAGAACCCAUCAAAAAUGCUUGAUCCAUAUCAUGCAUGAGUCUCACUUCAGAGGACAAACAAGCCUGAUUUUAUCUUAUCCAUUAUACUUGACUUACAGAGAAGCAGGUAUAAAUAUUUAAAUUCUAGGGCCUGUGCAAGCCAUUUACUCAAGUACAGAAUAAGUGGGACCAGUCAUAUUAUUUUGAUGUCAGCUUUAUGGUUUUCUUUUUCAUUUUAAUUAUCCUGUAUUAUUUUAAUUUGUGAUUCAAACAUGUUCUAGUGUACUUGUAUUGUGUUGGCUCUGAUGCUUUUCUGUUGAUGAAUUUUAAGCGCACAAUCUGCAAACACAAUAUAUCUUCUAUUACUUACAUGUGAAGUUGCACCAAGUGAUGUUCAAUGUUGAGUGUCUCAACAUCAUGUCAUAUGAUGUAGAUGUGUACCUGAAAUAUUUCAUAUUUCAUUUUAUCCUGCUAAUUGUUUGAUUUUUUUUUUUUUUUUUUUUUUUUUUUGAUGGUUUAUAAUGGACAGCUUGUGCAAAUACUUUGCCAUUUUACUGUCAAAAACAUGCAUUUUAGAUCAAAUGAUGUAGAAGAAUCUACUGACCUUCAAACUGGAGGAUUUUUCAUUUCCUGUUUUUUUUUUUUUUUUUUUUUUUCGUUUUAAACACUUGUAAAAGUGUCAUUGCACAUUUUUUUUUCCUGAACUUUGUUCUUGACAGGGUCAUAUGUGUUAUUUUAAUGUUCAUAUGUAUAUGUUCAAUACAGAGAUUUUCUUAUGUCUGUUUAAUAUA